AGCUUGGCAAACCCAUUUUCGCAAUCGAACCACCCGAGCACCAUGACGACGAUUGCAGCACCGUCGCCGUCGAUUGCGUUCGCGCCGCUGCUGGCCGCGCCGCCGGCCUCGCCCGACGCACGCGUCCGGACGUCCAUUGGCACCAAGGCCGCGGGCUACGCCGGCAAGUACGUGCAGUACCACGUGAUGCUCGUCUGCCCCGUCACGCGCCGCCGCUGGAGCGUCACGAAGCGCUACUCGGCCAUGCUUGCCUUCCGCACCGCGCUGCAGAAGCUGUAUGCGUCGUAUGCGCGCGGCGACGACCCGCUCUUGCUGCAGCUCGCGAGCCUUCUCGAGACGCCGUUUCCGCCCAAGCGCCUCGACCCGGAGGCGGGCUGGGUCAUUGACGAGCGCUGCAUUGCAUUCCGCACCUUUUGCGACAGAGUUCUCGACACGAAAGCGCACCUCUUCCAGCUCGCGUCGGCCUCGGCGCUGCCGCCCGUUUGGGCCACGUACAUUGCGCUCGCGCAAGCGUUCCUCGAAGUACCCCCAUCGAUGCUCUCGAUGGCCUUUCAGUCGCGCACGAGCCUGCCGAAUGAGACCGAGUGCAGCAUUUGCCUUGUGCCAUUUAGCCGUGACGACUUUGGUAUCCCCGGUGUCGUCGUCGAGACGCAGUGCACGCAUGUGUUUCACCAAGGCUGCAUCGCCGAGUGGAUGGAGACGGCGGCGACGUGCCCCAUCUGCCGCCACCGCAUCGAGUCGAUCGUCGGUCUCUUCUUGUCGGCUGCCGUGUCCGUCUAGCUUCUUGGCGGCUACUUGAUGUUAUUUUUUAAUUUACUCAAACUCAAUCAUCUCAUUUGGACACAGCAGA